CCUCAAGUGUUAAGAUUGGGCUUAAUUUUGGACUACAAUAUCGAGACCGUGAGAGCGAUUACCAAUGAGACCAUAAACCGUUUGGUCGAUGACUUUAAGCAACAAUUGGUUAGCAAUGUGUCCGUCGAGACACACAUUAUCUCAGAUUUUGCUGACUUUGAAAACGAUGUCGAAGAAGACCCGUCUGUUUGUAAACAGCUUAUGGUCAUAAUAAGUGCUUUGAAAUGUGCAAAAACGAAAAUUCUGUAUUCGUUACUACGAGAGAACUGUCCGUCAACUCUAUUGUUGUCUGUAAUCGAGAACAACUGUAUGCGACCGCCGGCUGAUCAAGGAUUAGGAUUUCCAGUUAUGAAAUCAAUUAAUGACAUAAUACCAAUGCUAAUCGAUAUGAAGUAUGACUUUAUGAGUGAAUGGGAUCACAUCCAUCUGAUCCACGACCACAGAUUAGACACAAAAACAUUGGAUGACUUAAUUAAGGGAUUGAAAGGAGUCUCUGGUUCUGGAAUCAGAGGCACAACAGUUACUACUUAUAGGCUUACGAUUACUGGCGACGAA